ACUAUAUAAUCUGUGGUGUUUGUAUUUUGUUUAUUUGUUUACGAGGAAGUUACAAGUCUGAAGAGGGACUCUUCAAUUACAAAUUUUAUCCAUCAUGAAUAAUCAAUUAAUAGAAAAGAUCAUCGAAAGUAGCGGUGUCGGGUGUCCACAGCUAACGUUUGCAAAUCCUCUUUUAGACAGAAAAGUGGCAAAGGCGUUAUCCAAGAGCUUUGUAAAAAUUCUCGACUUGGCUAAAGAGAAUUGCAAUAUUAAUAAUAAUUUGCGAAUUUCGAUUUUGGAGAAUAUAAGAAAAUUGUGUACUACUGAGUCUGAAGGACAUCUACCAGUUGACGAAAGUUUAACAGAAAUGCUUACAGGACUAUAUAUCGACCGACUCGCAUCGACGGCUGUAGAAUCGACUGACAAAGACCUAGAUGCUUUUCUCAUAAGGAAUUUCAAGUCCUUGCAAAUUGAUCCACGUCAUGAAACUAACAUUAACCCGGAAAUCGUUAAAGCAUUACUUAAUCUUAAUGAAAAUGGUGUUUAUCUUGAAGUAUUAUCAAAAGAUAUUGUACAUCUAAACACAAAUCAAAGUAGUGUUAUAAAUAUUCUGAAAACUCUUUGGGAAACUGAUAACGUGAAUGGUAUGUACGAUGAUAUUUCUAUUAAAAUGAAACCAGAAAUUGAAAAGCUCUUACUGCAAACUUGUCAUAAUAUUUUAUUGAAUAGAAACAUUGAUAUAGGAAAUUUGUUAAACAGCAAUGAUUAUCUUACCCAAUUAAUAAAAAGAUCUGCGGUUUCUUCUGAAUGUUUUCAGAUCUGUUGUGGUGUUCUUAACUUUUUAUUUGUAAUGACAAAUUUUGAUUCAACAUUACAAUUGUUCAUAAAAGCGUUUGUCAAUUUAGUUAAAGUGCAGUGCCCUAAAAUCACCUUUUCGGUGUUGUACCCUGUACAUAUUAAUUAUAUUGUUGUUCUGCUUGAUAUUGACAUUAAUGAAUUGCCUGAACCAUUAAGAUGUGAUUAUAUUACACCAACCAUUAAGUAUCUUCAAAAUGUUCGUGAUAAUUCAGAAUAUGAUUUUAUUAUGUUAUUAUCACAUUUUCCACAGUGGUUUGAUAUUUAUUUUCAGAAUACUGAAUCAAAAUAAUCAAUCCUAAUAAUAUUCAGUGCAUGAGGUACAAUUUUACAUAAUAUGGGACAGAUAUAAUGUGUAACAUGUGAAUUGAAAACAGUGAAUUUCCAUAUAGGUUCCAGUCUUUGGUAUUCUGCAAUGUUAUGGUUGAGUACUGCAUCUCUCUCUUGCACUGUGAUUGAGUUCUGAAAAUGCACUACAGUGCAUUUCGUCACAUUUGAUUGUCUUUCAAUUUAUGUGCCAUACAUUAUAUUAAUAUUUUUUAAAUACUUUGUGUAACCCUUUUUGUACAGGUUGAUUUACAAUCUGUUGAUAGUUAAGUUUUGCAUAUUUUAAAUUAGUAAUUAAGAUGGACUGAUUAGAAUUAAUAUUAUUUUAAUUGAAAUAAUAUACUGUGCAGCAUUUUAUAAUGAGUAAGAAUGUAUACGUAUUUAUGUACAGCCAUACCUAAUAUAUAUGAAAAAGCCUAAGCUAAUGCCCAAUUGGGAUAAAAGUUGUUCACUUUUUUAUUAAAAUUUUGUUUUAAUAUAUUUUUUAAGAAAGUAAUACACUAGCAUUAAUUUUAAAAUAGAAUAUACACUAAGCAGUUACUGUUAUUGUUUUGCAAUAGCAUUUAAACCCAGUCAAAUCUUCAACCUCCUGAAAAAAAAUAAGUAAAAUCUUGAAACUAUUGAACAAAUUUUUAUAAAACUUGCAUUUUUUUCUUUCUUGACAAAUAUUUAAUCUUAGGUAACAAAGAACUUGUUGCAUUGCAUUCUCUUUUGCAUUUU